CAGUACCCACAAGGCUUUGCGCUUGAGUCACGUAGGUGUUUCCGGUGUCUUAUAACAUUUUACUUCCUCCCACACAGACCACACGAACAAACAGAUACAGAAAACCUCGUUAGUUUACACUUUUGUCGCGUUCCAGUGUUGUUUUUACUCUGUUUCUGUUGAAUAAGUCGUGGCAUGUGACGCGAACUGUCCGAGGGUUGAAGAAUAACCGAGAAACACGAACCGUAACGUGUAGGCCUCUAAAGAAAGUUUGGUCUCCGGGCCUGUAAACAACAUGUCCUCCGCCUCGCAGUCUUCCUCCAGACGCCAGUGGUGCUACCUCUGCGAUCUGCCCAAGAUGCCGUGGGCCAUGCUGUGGGAGUUCAGCGAAGCGGUGUGCCGGGGAUGUGUCAACUACGACGGCGCGGACCGGAUAGAGCUGCUUAUUGAAACCGCCCGGCAGCUGAAGAGCACUCACGGUGUUCUGGAUGGCAGGUCUCCGGGUCCACCGCAGGGCAAGCCCAGCUCAGUCGGUUCCGUAGAGGUGGGUCGGCAGCAUGGUGAACGUGUAGACAGAGGGAGGGGGGAAUAUGGGGCGUCCUCUCGGCUCCCCAAUGGUCUGCACAGAGCUGAAGAUGUGGCCUUGUCUGAGGGGAGCCGUCAGAGCCCGAACACCCGUCGGGCUGUCGCUGGUUCAAUACCCGGUCUGCAUGGCUCCAUAUCUCAUGCUUUAAUAGCUCAGGGGCUAGUAGCAGCUCCUCACGGGCUUUUAGCUCCCUUACCGGGCUCCAGAGCCGGGGCCACGUCCAUUGCAGUUUCAGCUGGCCCUGUAAUGAGUGAUGCUGGCAGAAGGCAGGCAGUAUCUUUGAGCGUGGGAGCCAGCACCUCUGCUCUUGUGGGAUUAGAUCCAGCAGUUUGGAGGAACAGUGAACUGAUGGCAGAACUGAAUGAGGUGGCCCGCAGCAGGGUCGAAGGUUGGCCAAACCACCCAAAGGCAGUCCGGGAUGUUCUUGUGUCUCUCAGCAACUCCAUCCCCUUCAACGUGCGUUUCAGGAAAGACCAUAACCUGCUGGGUCGCGUCCUGGCUUUUGAUGCCAGCACAACUCCAGAGUUUGAGCUGAGGGUGUUUGUGGAAUAUCCUGCUGGCUCUGGAAUCAUAUUCUCUGGAAUCUCAGACCUUGUUAGGCAGAUGUUCCGGGAUUCAGCCAAAGAUGCAGGCAAAGCAGUGAACUCUGGGCUAAGAUACGUGGAGUACGAAAAACGACAAGCCACAGGAGACUGGCGUGGUCUGUCUGAGCUGCUGAAUGACGGUGUACGCAUGUUUAAAGAGCCCCCAAUCCCAGAGGUCCUGCCACAGCCAGACCCUGUACUGUCUUUGGCAGCUCCUGGGCGUCCAGGACCAGCAAAGGGAACAAGCAGACGCCGUAAGGCUUCUCCUGGCUCAGAGAAUGGAGAGAAUGACGGGAGACUAGAUCAUCCAUCAAGGGAACCCUGGCCUCGAGCUGCCUACACAGAACCUCUUCCGGGCAUGGCUGCUCCUCAAGAAAGCUUGCCACGUUUACACAGCCAGCCUUCACCCAUUUCUGCUCUCAUGGGAGUUGCAGACAGCCUGAGCUCUAGUCAGAUGGCUCGAGAAAGCCCCAGCAUGUCUGCAGCCCACUCCUCGGGAGCUGGGCACUCCACCAGCAGCAGCCCCUCCACCGCCUCCACCUCAGCCUCCCAGGCAGCCAUGGGGCAGGGUCUGAGUACAAUGGGGCCUAGUAGUAACACCAACACCGGGGAGAGCACGAGCAGCACACAGAGCGCCCUGCUCUGCUGCACCCUCUGUAGAGAGCGUCUGGAAGAUACACACUUUGUCCAGUGUCCGUCUGUCCCACACCACAAGUUCUGUUUCCCCUGCACUCGAGGAUUCAUCCGCAGCCAGGGUCAGGGUGGGGAGGUGUACUGCCCAAGUGGGGAGCGCUGUCCCCUGGCUGGAUCCACUGUGCCUUGGGCUUUCAUGCAGGGAGAGAUCUCCACCAUCCUGGCUGUAGAUGGAGAUGUGAAGGUCAAGAAGGAGGAGUGAUCCUUGAAGUCUCCACCAUCCUGUCAUGGGGAUGAAAUUCUCUAAAGCACUUCCCUUUUUAUCUCAAGCAGAAGUCCACUUCAGCUGCAUUUCAUCAUCUGUGCCUCCAAGAGCGAAGAAGCUCAGAACCCCAGGACAGCUACUCAAAGAUCGGUUAAUAAGGACUAAAGAAAGCUCACCUGUGAGAG